AAAAGAAAGAAAGAAAGAAUUCCCUUGCAAAAAGGUCCCAACAUAGAGCCGAGCCUACUCAGCGAACUGUGCUCCUGUUCCUUCAUCUGCUCUCUAUGGCGGCUUCUGUAUCUACACACUCGGCGUUAUUUCACGGUGGAAGAGCUCCGCCUAUGAAACUGCCUGCCUCCAAUCUACCGCCAUCUACAAAGACCCUAGGUUGCAUGCCGACUAUAUUCUCUCCUACCCUGUUUUCAGAACCGAAAAGAUCUGAGUUCAAAGGACUCUCUGUGCAAGCAAGCAGCGGUACCGUUUCCUCAGCCGUUGAUUCAGCUCCAUCAUUGGCUCGACCUAAGGUGAGGCGCCACACCAUUUCAGUAUUUGUUGGUGAUGAGAGUGGAAUGAUAAAUCGGAUUGCAGGAGUUUUUGCAAGGAGGGGAUAUAAUAUCGAGUCUCUUGCUGUUGGUUUAAACAAGGACAAAGCCCUUUUUACUAUUGUUGUAUCCGGAACUGAAAGAGUAUUGCAGCAAGUUAUGAAACAGCUUCUAAAGCUUGUUAAUGUGAUGAAGGUUGAAGAUAUCUCAAAAGAGCCACAAGUAGAACGUGAGUUGAUGCUCAUUAAGAUCAAUGCUGAUCCAAGCUACCGUUUGGAGGUCAAGUGGUUAGUAGACAUCUUUAGAGCUAAAAUUGUUGAUAUCUCAGAGCACUCGUUAACAAUUGAGGUAACAGGUGACCCGGGGAAAAUGGUUGCGGUACAAAGAAAUUUAAGCAAGUUCGGCAUCCAAGAAGUUGCCAGGACCGGAAAGAUUGCCUUGAGAAGAGAAAAAAUGGGUGAAUCUGCUCCUUUCUGGCGAUUUUCAGCAGCUUCAUAUCCGGACCUUGAAGGAAUAAACUCAAAAACUCCUCUUCAGGCCAAAAAGAAAACAGAAUAUCUGGAAUCUGAUACAUCAGUUGGGGGAGAUGUUUAUCCAGUGGAGCAAACUGAUGACUAUCCAUUCAAUCAAGUUCUUGAUGCACAUUGGGGUGUUCUUAAUGAAGAUGAUACAAGCGGGCUUCGUUCACACACUUUAUCAAUGGUUGUAAACGACUCUCCUGGAGUUCUCAAUAUAGUAACAGGAGUUUUUGCUCGUAGAGGCUACAAUAUUCAGAGCCUAGCGGUUGGUCAUGCGGAAGUAGAGGGGCGUUCCCGCAUCACAACUGUUGUCCCUGGUACAGAUGAUUCAAUCAGCAAGUUGGUGCAACAACUAUAUAAGUUGAUAGAUGUUCAUGAUGUUAUUGAUCUAACAUCUAUGCCAUUUGCUGAACGAGAAUUGAUGUUGAUAAAGGUUGCCGUGAAUUCCACAGCCCGGCGCAAUGUUCUUGACAUUGCCAGCAUAUUUAGGGCUAAAGCCGUCGAUGUGUCCGAUCACACAAUUACACUUGAGGUUACGGGAGAUGUAAAUAAGAUGGCUGCAUUGCAGAGAUUAUUGGAGCCGUGUGGAAUUUGUGAGGUGGCAAGAACAGGGCGGGUGGCUCUGACCCGUGAAUCACGUGUGGAUUCCUCUUACCUUCGUGGCUAUUCCUAUCCUGUUUGAUUUCUUUUUGGAGGUCCUUCGUGUUUUGGGUGCGGUCAAUGAUCGAAUCUAUCAAUGCGUGUGAUCAUUAUUGGGCAUCUGUAGCAUUUUUCGUUAGUUUUCCUAAAGAAACAGAGCCUUCAAGCAUGAGCUUAUCCGUGCUACUUGGUAUGAGUUCAUGUUUUGAACAAAUUACGUUGCUUUUAAGAGCCUUCGUUUCGAUUUGUUUCAAAAGAUCAAAUUUUUUUUCGAGAUUGUAGUUGACUUCACAUUUUGAAUAAAUUAUGUUGCUUUUAAGAGCC